GGACGAUAGCCGCUCCAAAAUGCCUCCAAAGCAUGGCAAGGCAGUACCGCGUCGGAAGGCGGCAAAGUUUGCAUGGACUGGAAGCUCGGUGGACGUCCUGAAUGGAGAAACGUACUACGAUAGCAUCUGCAUGACGACGACGACAGAAACGCGCAAUGUCUGUCAAUUCGACGUCGUCCACGUUCGUGUUGGAUCGACGACCAAGUUGGCCACCAUACAUACGUUCUGGGAGGAUGCAAGCGGCACCAUGAUGAUGGAAGUUCGGUACAUGAUGGCAUUGGCUACACUUCCUCCCUCGUUGAAAAGGAAGCUCAUGCCGUCGACGUCUACGGAUACCACCACGACCUCGGACAAGGAAGUGGUGGUGGACACGACUGCAAUCGACGAAUUGGCCGUGGCAUGUCUGGUGAACGUGGUGGAUCUAGCUGCCUCGUACAUCUGCACGAAGCUGUAUGCCCUGCUGACAGGCACGUUGACGUCUAUCACCACCGACAACGACGCGCAAACCAUGGGGUACGUGUACAGUCGCAGAUUGAAGUGGCUGAGUCCGGCCGCCGCCCGUCGGAAGCGCCGACGUCUGCUCGAUCCAUCCUGCGACGAGAACGAUCUAGAAGGGUGCAAGUCGCGUCUGGAAGCCGCCUGCGACCAACUGCAGCUGUCUAGCAUCCCGGACACGCUUCUCGGACGCGAAGAGGAGCGGCGCCAGAUCUACCAGACCCUCAAGCUGGCUGUCGUGGACGGCGAAAGCAAUCCUGUGUACAUUAGCGGGCUGCCUGGAAUGGGCAAGACAGCCACGGUCAAGGAAAUCCUCCGGACACUGGAGCGAGAGCGCGACGCCCAGACCAUCCCGCCGUUCACGUGGAUCGAAGUGAAUGGCCUCCACAUGCCCAAACCCGACCAAGCGUACAGCAUGAUCUGGAAAGCGCUGGAAACGUUUCAUUUUCAGGCCAAGUCGUUCAAUGCCAAGCGUGCGCGGGACUGCCUCGAUGCCCUCUUCAAGCUCGACAAGUCCUCUCGACCAGUGGUUAUCCUCGUGCUAGAUGAAAUGGACUUCAUGCUUGCUGGCAAGAACACUGUACUGUACAACUUUCUCGAGUGGCAAGGACUGCCGUCAUCCAAACUCGUCGUCGUCGGCAUCGCCAACAUCAUGGACCUCCCCGAACGGCUAGCCCCCAAGCUGCGCAGCCGGUUCGGCAUCAACCGGAUAGCGUUCCGGUCCUACACCCACGACCAGAUCCAGCGGAUUCUCCAUCAGCGCCUUGCGUCGUUAAACGUGUUUGAGCGCGGGGCGAUUGAGAUCUACGCCAAGGCGCUGGCGCAUCAGAGCGGCGACGUCCGGAAAGCGCUCAUGGUGUGCAAAGCUGCGACAGAGCGCGCGCUUCGGCGUGUGACCGACACGCACGUGCCGUCGUUGGUGCUGUCGGCCGACAUUGAGGCGGUGCAGGCAUGUAUGUCGCAGUCUCCGCUCGUGACGCGGCUGCGUCAGUGCAGUACAUUUGAAUGCAUCUUCUUGGUGGCGCUGCUGCGGGAGAUCAAGUUGCAGACCGGCACAACCGGAGGAGACCUAGAAGGAGUCGUCCGGCGCAUGGCGAAUCUGACGAAAACGGCGGGCCUCCCGCGCGUCCCGAGCUUUGCCGACGUCCGGGCCAUCUGCUUUGAACUGGAACGAUCCGACAUUGUCCGGGAAAGGAAGGGGAAGUGGGCGCUGACGUUCUCCCACGACGAGAUCCAAGAGGCCUUUCUUACGCAUCCUGUUGGUCGAUUGCUCUGGACCUAAGGCCAAUAUAUCAAUCGUCGACAGAGUAAACAUGAGAUACAGUUGCACGAAAAAUGAAUGCCCUUUAACGAGUACUAGUACCAUAUAAUAUAUUGAAA